UGCGGUGAAAAUCGAGAACCCAAAAAUAAUAGAAUUGGUCAUUGUGAAAGUGCAGCACCCCGUUCUUUUGACACAAUUGUUAUGGAAAAUGAGUUAUGAUCCAGUCCUCAGACAUUUUAUGGUUACCAGUAAUCCCUCCUACAGGGCUGGGCAAGGCGUUCAGCAACAGGCGCAAGACAUGGAUCCAAGACUACCGGUCAAACUGCAGGAAAAUGUAGCUGAUUUGGGAGGCCUUGCGAAGCAGAUUCUACGCGGAUCGAAAUCCAACGAGCAUUUGAUGCAAGCGGCACGCAAUCUAGCCAUGCAAGAAUCUACUGUUGACAAUUCGUCUCAUAAUGUGAAAAAGAUGAGUCUGAUGGUGUCACAGCUGCAGUUCCAGGCAGAAGCCAUUGAAAGAAGCUUGGAGGUGAUGGAUACACUACAAGACCAACUCCAGACCCUUCAGAGGUGAUGAAGCCAACCCCACCUCACUCUUGCAUCCCUUAAGACCAACUUCAAAGCUGUCUUCAAAAAGGAAGUUUGUGGUUUAGAGCUUCAGUGUUUAUUUGUCAGAUGGAAGAUGGAUAACUGACCAACUGAGAUUUCCAUUGAAACAGAGGCACGUGUCAUAAUCUGGUCUUGAUUUUCUAAACAAGGAGCUGAAAAAUAAUAAUUUGGCCACAAACUCAAUAUCUUUGCAGACCUUGACAUAACCAUUGCACCCACAGCGAUUGCCGUGGGGCCCUGUGCUUUUGCUGUGGUACCCUUUGCAAAGUUCUAACACAAAUUUUCAUUUUCCUCAUAGAAGUUUACCUUGCCAGAGGGAAAUUGUUAUACUUUUAGGGGCCCAUCUUGGUAUCCACUCUUUCUUCCAAAUUGGGUUUUAUCUCUCUUGGCAGACAAACAAGUGACUUUAUCCUGUCUUGAUUUUACUCUUGCCAAGUUGCAAAAUGUUAAUAAGUUGCAAAAUUUUUGUUUUGAGAAGUGGUUAUCAUAGUUUUUGAGAUGAUUAGAGAGGUACUAACCACUGAGCUCAUGUCAGGCAUGGCUGCCCAAUUGUGUCUUUAAAAAAGCUGCAAGCCAGUUGCAAAUUAGAUAUAAAUGCUUUCUGGUACAAUGACAUGCUUGUAUAGUCACAGGUGACUGCGUAAAUAUGUCACAUGGACUAGGGUUUCGCAUAGUUACAUAAGAUAGGACAAACGCGCAUAAUUUAUCACGCAAAGUUGUAGGGACUUCCUAUUGUUGUUCGACUAUUCCCUUUUCUAAUGAAAAACUAAUGACUCCUCUUGUGGGGGACACAGUUUUACAAAGAAAAAAAAAUUUUACUCAAUUCUACUCAAUAUAAGCAAAAUCUGCCCAGAACCAUUUGACAUAGCAACCUGUCUUUAAGAAAGUCAGAACCAGAAGUUAUUCAAAUCUAAGAAAGGAAUUGUACCGAAAUUAUUCAUAUCUAAUUUGCAAUUGACAUGAAAUGAAACUAUUAUUUAUUUGGUAUCAGUGUGAUUUCUGUAAAAUAAAUAUAUGCAUUCCAUUAAAAUUACACACACAAAUAAGUGAUUGCAAUUGUAGUCCUUUAUUGCAAAAUUGGUUAGUUCUGUCGUAAAUUUAAUGUAUAAAAAUUGAUCUCCUUAUAAGAAGAAUGUUUACAUAUGAAUUUGUCUUUUACAAAAUGAAAACAAAAAUGAACAUUUAUGGAAAAUAAUUGUUGGACAAUUUACCGACAGAAAGUUGAAAAAACCUGAAUCCUAAUGUCUACACUAAAUCAGUCCUACAUCACUAAUACAGGUGUCUAAGUUCCAACACAUGAUCGGCUAGCAAAUGCUGUGAUUACUACUUGUGGCAUUUUCUUCAAGAAGAUUAUUAUACAUUUUUUAUUUAAAGCACAAAGUGACACUUGACACCAGUUACAAUUUAAAGUGCAUGAUGCGAUAGUACAAUAAAAGUACACCAAAUAUUAAAACGCAAGAUACGACAGUCAAGUAUUUUUCUAUUUUAUGUGUUUAACAGUCCGAGUUGUAAGGUCAAUUGGACAAAACAGUUUUAAAGAAAUAAACAAACAAACAAAAUUCCUAAAAACAGAUCCUCUUUCCUUUCAAUUAUCUCACUCCCCCCCCCCCCAAAUGGAAAACAUCCACACAUAUCAAAAGUCACAAUAUGAAAUACUGACUUAAUUAAAAACUAAACCGAUGGCAAUAUUUUAACCACUUUACAUCGGAUGAUGGCAAAUUUUUCUGGAUCUCCCUUCAAUGGUUCAAAAUGUGUCUUCACUGUCUUCUUACAGCACUCAACUAAUUUUGUUGACGAUUUUGUUCACUUUUUUCAAACUGUAUUGGACAAUCGUUGCAAUUUUAUAAAAGCUUUCAUUAAAAGAUUAAGGAUUUGGCUGGUUGCAGAUUUAAUGCCAUUUAAAUGGAAAUGAUUAGUUUCAAUGCAAA